CUCACGUUAAGCGAAAACCAAAUGGAAGCGGAAGAAGAAGAAGACGCGCCACCAAACUUCUGGACGGAGAACGGUAGCCACCGCCGCCUCCGACGAUCUUACUCGCUGUUUCUCAGCUCCAGUGCGGUUCUGAUAUGCGUUCUGGUGAUUGCACUUGCAUUCACGUUGGUCAUAAUUCCCACAAUCUUUUCCACGUUGCACGCAUUCCCCUACCAUCUUUUCAAACCCAAUUCCGUCAAGAAGAGUUGGGACUCCCUCAACUUUGUGCUUAUCCUCUUCGCCAUUAUCUGCGCCUUCCUCAGCAGGAACAACGCCGACGAGAGUUUCUCCGACACUCCACACCAGUACGAGAAACCAAACCCUACAACAACGCCACGGUGGUACGAGGAAACAGAUCGCACGUCCUACAAAUCGUAUAACAGGCUCAGGAGUUUCAACUCCUACCCGGAUCUCCGCCAAGAGUCGCCGUGGCUAACCUCCGACGAACGUUGGCGAUUUUAUGAUGAUACACACGUUAACGGUUAUUCUAGAUUUGACUUGGAAGAAGAGAGCGCGGAGAACGUAGAAGUAGAUAAAGAGGUUCCGCUGCUACCGGCGUCUCCACCACCAGUUCUGGCGGAGGAGAGGAGUGGGGAAAGUAAGAAUAAGGGAACAAGUGCAACAACUAAAGAGUUGUUGACUUCUUCGAAGGGAAAGAAGAAGAAGAAGAAACAAAGACAAGGAAGCUUUGAAAAUCUUAAUCGCAUUCGAAAUUCUGAACCUCAUUCACAUCCUCGAGUUUCCUCAGUUUUUCAUAGUCUGUUUCCUUCGAAGAAAAGCAAGAGGAAGAAACUUGAGUCUGCUUCAUCGUCGCAUGUUUCAUCAUCCAAAACCGAACCAGUUAGUGGGAGUGUGGCCAGUUCCCUUAAAUCAAACAAGAAAGAGACUUUCUUGAAGGAAAACGUGGCUGUUACUGGUAAGGAGUCACCUUUGAUCCCUAUACCUCCACCUCCGCCGCCGCCGUUCAAUAUGCCGGCGUGGAAGUUCCGGGUGCAGGGUGACUUUGUUAGAAUAAACAGCCUUAGUAGCUCGAGUAGUGGUUCCCCAGAGUUAGAAGAUGAAGUUGUGGAGUCAGCAAGAAGUGAAGAUGGUGGAGAACCUGCAAUCUUAUUGUUCUAUGAUCCUAGCCCUGAUGAUGUUGACACCAAAGCUGAUACUUUUAUUGAAAGGUUCAGAGCUGGUUUGAAAGCUGGACCCAGUUGAAUUUAAGGUGUAAAAUUGAUCGAUGCUAUGUCUUUAUUCUUUAAUUAGUUUAUAUUUUUGCUUUCUUUCUGAGAAUUGUUAUGAAGUGUGAUGUUUUUUGUUUUACCAUUUUUGAAUGUAUAUAACACCUGAGAUUUAUAGUUCUGCAUGUUGCGACUUUAUCAAAGUGAAGGAUUCUGCAUAGCAUAUGCUUAACACUUCCUUUGGUACCAUCUCCAGUGCUCUGAUCGGUUUGCUUAGCAAGAGGUUAACACAGUUAAUAAGACAAUGGUUCCUUUGAAAAAGCAAUGCCUAUGAGCAGUGGAAAUAUAUAAUUGAGUAAA